CCUUUUUCUUCUCUCAUCUCAUUAUCAUUAUCAUUCCAACCCCAUAUGCAACCAACAGUGCUACACCAAACUAAACUCAGAAAAACCCAAGUACAAAAACAAACAUUCAUUUAUGAGUAUUCAGUAAUAAUAGAUCGAAACAAAUAGUACUAUAUAUACAAAUAUAUAUAUAUAUAUAUUAAUGGCUCAUUUGCUAAGGAGCUAUCCCAACACAUCGCUGGAAUUCCGUACCGGAUCUUCCUAUGGAUACUCUCUUCUCAGAAAAAGAGCCAUCAGGGAAAAUUUGCUUACGUCUAAGGAAUUUAGCAGUAAGGAAAUCAGUAGAAGAAAUUUUCUGGUGCAGAGCUGCAGUACUGCUGGCUCUACUUCGCCAGCUGGAGAAGUGGGACUUGUAGAGAAUAAUGAGACAAGUCAACGUGUGACUAAUGUUAAGGUAGAGUUGGGGUGUUUGGCUACUGAGUUUGGUUGGAAGGUCAGAAGGUUGGCUCCAAUUGGUGAUGAGAUAAGAGAAGCAUCUCAUAUUCAAGCUCAAGCUUUUUAUGAAUCUGCUUUUGUCUUUAACGACUUUUUCUUUGAGUUAUUUAAGGCCGAAGUGCUUGCUGGGCUUAUGUAUAAGCUUAGAAACUCACCCCAAGAUAGGUAUGCUUGCUUGGUUGCUGAGGCUGAAACUGGUGGUGACACCUCUAGUUCCGAUUCCAAACAAGGACUUGUGGGAGUGGUAGAUGUCACCGUUUUGAGAGACCAAAACGUACUUAACCAUCUUCCACCUGAUUCAGAAGAAUACCUUUACAUCUCAGGAAUUGCUGUCUUGGAAAGUUUCAGGAGGAGAAAAAUAGCAACUGUGUUGCUAAAAGCUUGUGACAUGGUAUCGAGUCUAUGGGGUUUCAAGCAUUUAGUUCUGAGGGCAUAUGAAGAUGAUUUUGGUGCCAGAGAACUAUACUCAAACGCAGGCUAUAGAGUUAUUUCAGUGGAUCCUCCAUGGUUGACCACUUGGGUAGGAAGAAAGCGUCGUGUUCUUAUGGUCAAACAGUCCAAUCUAACUCCAUAGUUACUUGUGCAUAUAAUGUAUGUAUCUGGUGCCCAUAAAUUUGGUAUUGAAGAAAAAUAAUAAGAUGAGUAGUUAGACCCCAUUGGCCAAUGAAGAGUGAGUUGAAACCCAUGAGAUAACACUGAAUAGAAUAUAUUGGUUUUAUUUAUAUUAUCUACAACUUGUGUUAGGGACUGCUGGUCUAGAUUCUUGAAACAAUGACUUCUUCUAUAUUCCAAUCUUUAUAGACCCAUUUUUUAUUGA